AUGCAUGAAUUAGAAUGUGAUACUUCAGAUAACGACAAUAUUGCUUUUAGUCCAGAUUCGAAGCAUAUUGCAUAUUUAAACUAUGAUAAUCACAUUGAAAUUGUUUCAACAGAUGAUUAUUCGCAAGAAAAUACAAUUAUUUGCCCGAAUACAAUUCAAAAAAUGAUUUGGUCACCAGACAGUAAGUAUUUAAUGGUACUAAUGGCUUCAUUAAACGAAAUUUCAAUUUUCUCUAUAUCAUCAAAGUAUCGUCCGAAGCAAGUUUCCCCACCAUCGUACUCCAUUUCUGGUGGAUACAUCGAAACAGAGCGUGUUUUGUGGUCUCCUACAGGAAAUAACGUUUUACUUUUUGGAAUCAAUUCAUCACAAUUGCUACUCUGGAACAUUGCACGAAAUACAUUCAAGAGACUCCCUACACCAAAAUCAUCAUUCAAAUCCGCUGUUUUUUCAAAUGAUGGUAAUUAUCUUGCAAUAUUAACAAGAGGAAAGGCCCAAGAUGUACUUGUAAUACUCGGAAAUGAUUUUACUCCUAAGAAAUCUAUCUCAUUAUCAACUAUUGAUGCGACUUCUCUCUAUUGGUCAAAAGAUAAUUCUUUUAUUGCUAUUCCUGAUUGCAAAUCCCAUUAUUUACUACAAGUUAUAGAUAUAAAUACCGAAAAUAUAUCAGAUUAUGCAGCUUAUGAAGGUUUUCUUGGCAUUGAAUGUGUUGGAAUCAGUCCAAACUCCAAAAUCAUUGCAUUAGGAAAUUAUGACAACAUGAUUCGUCUUAGAGUUUCAGCUGGACAAGGUAUCUGGAGAAAUCUUGAAGAAUUAAUCCAUCAGCCAACAAUUGUCCAUCCAGCAACAGUUUUUCAACAACAAGAAGGUGGUUUUGCAAAUAUGGACAAACCGUAUAACAUUACAAACAUUGUUGAGAAUGCUACAGGUAUUUCUAGACUUGCUUGGUCUCGGGAUAACAAGUUUAUUGCAUCAUGUCCAGAAAAAAUGCCAAACACUGUAUUUGUUUGGGAUACAGAGACCAUUACACAACAAGUAAUCGUAUUAAACUACCCUGUUGAAGAUAUUUCAUGGUCAUUAAAAUCAAAUCACCUUUUGAUUGGAACUGGAACCAACACCCUUUCUAUUUGGAGUCCAAGUGGCAUGUCUAUCAAGUAUAUUGAUGAUAAUUUCAGAUGUCAUGCAAUUAAAUGGGGUAAUAAUGAUAACUUAGUUAUUAUUGAUAAACAAUCGAAUAUGAUGCUCCCUGCUAAAUUUGUUUUGGAUUCAGAUACAAGAUAA